AUGUGGGUUUUGCACGGCUGUUUAAGGGCUGGCAAUGAGGACGAUUGGGAGGCAGAGGCCGACAGGGCUGAGGAACACAAGGGGCCAAGCGAGGCAGUCUGGGCAGCAUUCUGGGGUUGGGACUGCUGCGGCCCGGCAGGCGUCCUGGACCGCCUCUACAGCGCCCUCAAGAUCCCAGAGCGCUCCUGGAGCGGCCUGAAAAGGCUGCCAGAGGUGGGCGGGAUCACUUUUGAACGGCGCCAGCAUUACCUGCAGCUGGUCUCCUCUUUCCUACAGGUGCUAGAUAGCACGUUGCCGGCAGCGCACGUGACCGGCCGGUCCUAUCGCGCGCUGUCAGACGCCUCCACGCAGCGGCCGCAGGCUAGCCGCACCCACGUCGGCUACCUGCCCAAAGUGGACGACAUGCUGGGCCUGACCGAGUCUCCCUCCAGAGCCUCUCAAGGCAGGCCGCUGCCGGACACCCCUGGCAAUGCAGCGGCAGAGGACCCGUUUGCGGCCAGCGCGCAUGUGCACCCGGACAGCGUGCCAGGCAGCUCGGGAGAUGCGCGUUCAGGGCAGCAGGCAGAGGGGGCAGGCACUGCAGAGGCAGCAGGAGAGGAUACCGUGCUGGAGAGGGAGACCGAACAGCUCCUGGAUGACAGUGACAGCGAGCUAGAGGCGGACCUGGUGUUUGCACAUCUCAUGGCGCGCAGGCCGGGCGCGCAUGCAGUGGAGCCCUCAGCUGCCGAGCAGCCAGAACAGGUUGCUCAGCCUGAUGAAGCAGGGAGCACCCUGGCAGAAGCACCGCAGAACCCAGAGGAUGGCUUCAGGGAUGGGGGAUUUGGGGAACCUGACAGGCAAGCAGGCGAGCCGGCCAGUGCAGGAGCUGGGGAGGAAGCGAGCAGUGCAUCGGUGCAGCAGACGCCCCGCAGAGCAGAUCCCGGGGAGGCGUCAAAGCAGACGCAGGCCAUCAACUCUGACCUCAUGUCGUCCAUGAUCCACAGCCCAGACGCGAGCGCGGAGCAACCCCCGGGCACAUCGCACGCAUCCCUGCCGCCCAUGCAGAGCGAGCAGUUCGUCACCUCGCGCGCUACCCAGGACACGCAGGCGCAACGCCACGCAUAUGCUGCAAGCACUGGGGAACAGCCUGCAGUGGACAGUGAUGCAAUUGCCAGUGUAAGCGGGAAAGGAGGUGCAGAGGGGCCGGGCGAGGCGUUGGAGGGGAAGCUGACGAGGCGGUUGGGGCAGAAGCGCGCCAAGCCCUCGCACAAGGCCGUGGCGGCGAUGUGGGAGCUGCUGGAGAGCUGCAUUGCGCAGCCGCAGCCGCAGGAAACCACCCAAGGCACGGCACAAUUUUUCUCCAAUUCAUCCAAUCCCCCUGUGCUCAAGCAGGGCCAGGAGCCAGAGGGGCCGCUGCAGAGGGCGGCAAAGAGGCACCCGCCGAGGGCGCGCUGGUACGACGCGCGCUCGCGCAUAGCGCUGAGGCGGGUGGCCUCGUGGCUGAACGUACCGUGGCCGACUGUGGCCAACUUUGAACACCUGCUUGCGUACCAGCUGCUGCUGCCCGCGGACGAGCCGGACGGCCGCAAGAAGCGCGCUGCCACCGCCUGGGAGAACAGCGUCUGGGCCGCCAAAAUUGGCGCCACCACCGUCGGCAUUGGCGCCCUCUUUGCCCUCACUGGGGGCUUGGCGGCCCCGGCAAUCGCGUCGGGGAUCGGGGCGGCAAUAACGCUGGCGGGCGGCGGCGCGGCGGCUGCGGCUGGCACGUCCGGAUUCCUGGCGACAACUGCCGGCACGGCAGCCGUGGUGUCCAGCAUGGGCGUCGCUGGCGGCAGCUAUGCCGGCACGCACAUGGCGCGGCGCAUAGGGAAUGUGAAGGAAUUUGGGUUCUGGGAGGUGAACGAGUCCACGCUGCUGAAUGUGGAUGAGGUGCCGCCGCCUCUGGAGUCGUCAGGCAGCCUAAAGGGGUCAGCCUCGCUGGACGCUUUAGACAAGAACGAGCAGCACAAUAUCAGUCCCCUCAAGGAAGCAGAACAGUUGAAGGGGGCACCGGAGAAGCAGGCAGCCAGAGCAGGCAAGGAAGACAGCGAGCAGGGCUGGGCGUCCAGUUGGGACGAUGCUCAGGCGGCGCCGGUCACUCCACAGCAGAAGCGGCCGGCCGAGCCUAACCCCACCUUCAGCCCUCGAGGGGAACUGGACGCCUUCCUGCAGUACCGUAGCCCCAAUGACCCCAAGCCCCCCUCCAACCACUCCCGCGCCAGCAGUGUGGCUGUGGAGCUGAAGGAGCUGCAGCCGUCCGCCCACGGCCGCUCGCUCAUGGACGAGGAUCCCCCGGCGCCAGAUCUGGACGCGGGCCACAUCUCAUUUGCCGCUAUCCCCCGCAUGGGAGCGCCGUCGGUUGUGGUCUCAGAGCGCAGCCCCAGACCCCAAACCUCCCCCAGCACCAGCACAGCAGCCCAGUCGGGUUCAGAGCAAGCCUCGAAUGUUUCUUCAGAGAAGCCGGUCGGGAGUGCGAGAGGGCAGGACAGCGGGAAACUGGGCGGGGAGAGUGGGACAGGGGCGGCGGGUGAGGCAGAUAAAAAGACUUCGCCUGGAAUGGCUAGAGGGAACGUGUACGGCAGCAGCGCCUCGCUGGACUCCCUGGGGGAGCCAAAGAAGAAGAGGGGCGGCUCUGACAAGGAAGGCAUCAGGUGGCUGUGGAAGCCAAAGUUCAGGGAGCCGCCGCUGCUGUGCGCGCCCAUCUCGCCCCACAGCAGGACCGACGACAUGCGCAUGUCCCUCACCAUCGGCGUGAACGGGUGGGUAGGGGACCGCAAGGACUACCUGAAGAUCUGGUCAACGCUGAAGGCCCCCGACAGCGAGGUGUUCACGCUGGUCUGGGAGAGCAAGGAGCUGCUGGCGCUCAACACCGCCAUUGCCAGCUUCAUGGCGCAGCAGGCCUACCAGGAGAUCGCCAAGCUGACCAUCACCCACUUCUUCUACACCGGCCUCGUUGCUGCAUUCGCCACCCCCUGGCUCCUCAUGAUAGAUCACGCUUGGGUGGUGGCGUUGGAUCGCGCGCAGAAGGCUGGCGUGCUGCUGGCGCACACGCUGAUGGCGGGCGGCCACGGGGAUCGUCCAGUCAUCCUGGUCGGCUACUCCAUGGGCGCCCGCCUCAUCUUCCACUGCCUCCUCGAACUCUGCCGCAACAACGCCAAGGGCGUGGUGGAGCACGUGGUGCUGAUGGGGGUCCCCGUCAGCACGCGGCUGGAGCGGUGGGCCAUGGCGCGCAGCGCGGUGGCCGGCCGCUUCGUCAACGCGUACAGCCGCCGCGACUGGGUGCUCGGGCUCAUCUACCGCGGCGCCAACGGCUUUGUCAAGGGCGCCGGCGGCCUCUGCCCCAUGAAGUGCCCCGGCGUGGAGAACAUAAACCUGACAUCCAUCAUCGCCGGGCACUUCGACUACAUCGCCAAGAUGCCGGACAUCCUCGAGCUUGUUGCGAUCUACGGCUGA